AUGUGGCUACAGACAUCAGUAGAUAGGUAUCACAGAGAUACACAUCAGACAUCAGUAGACAAGUAUCACAGAGAUACACAUCAGACAUCAGUAGAUAAGUAUCACAUUGAUACACAUCAGACAUCAGCAGACAAGUAUCACAUUGAUACACAUCAGACAUCAGUAGAUAGGUAUCACAGAGAUACACAUCAGACAUCAGUAGACAAGUAUCACAUUGAUACACAUCAGACAUCAGCAGACAAGUAUCACAUUGAUACACAUCAGACAUCAGCAGACAAGUAUCACAUUGAUACACAUCAGACAUCAGUAGAUAGGUAUCACAGAGAUACACAUCAGACAUCAGCAGACAAGUAUCACAUUGAUACACAUCAGACAUCAGUAGAUAGGUAUCACAUUGAUACACAUCAGACAUCAGUAGAUAGGUAUCACAGAGAUACACAUCAGACAUCAGUAGAUAGGUAUCACAGAGAUACACAUCAGACAUCAGUAGACAAGUAUCACAGAGAUACACAUCAGACAUCAGUAGACAAGUAUCACAUUGAUACACAUCAGACAUCAGUAGACAAGUAUCACAUUGAUACACAUCAGACAUCAGUAGAUAGGUAUCACAUUGAUACACAUCAGACAUCAGUAGAUAGGUAUCACAGAGAUACACAUCAGACAUCAGUAGACAAGUAUCACAGAGAUACACAUCAGACAUCAGUAGACAGGUAUCACAUUGAUACACAUCAGACAUCAGUAGACAAGUAUCACAUUGAUACACAUCAGACAUCAGUAGAUAGGUAUCACAUUGAUACACAUCAGACAUCAGUAGAUAGGUAUCACAGAGAUACACAUCAGACAUCAGUAGACAAGUAUCACAGAGAUACACAUCAGACAUCAGUAGACAAGUAUCACAGAGAUACACAUCAGACAUCAGUAGACAAGUAUCACAUUGAUACACAUCAGACAUCAGUAGACAAGUAUCACAUUGAUACACAUCAGACAUCAGUAGAUAGGUAUCACAUUGAUACACAUCAGACAUCAGUAGAUAGGUAUCACAGAGAUACACAUCAGACAUCAGUAGACAAGUAUCACAGAGAUACACAUCAGACAUCAGUAGACAGGUAUCACAUUGAUACACAUCAGACAUCAGUAGACAAGUAUCACAUUGAUACACAUCAGACAUCAGUAGAUAGGUAUCACAUUGAUACACAUCAGACAUCAGUAGAUAGGUAUCACAGAGAUACACAUCAGACAUCAGUAGACAAGUAUCACAGAGAUACACAUCAGACAUCAGUAGACAAGUAUCACAUUGAUACACAUCAGACAUCAGUAGAUAGGUAUCACAGAGAUACACAUCAGACAUCAGUAGACAAGUAUCACAGAGAUACACAUCAGACAUCAGUAGACAAGUAUCACAUUGAUACACAUCAGACAUCAGUAGAUAGGUAUCACAGAGAUACACAUCAGACAUCAGUAGACAAGUAUCACAGAGAUACACAUCAGACAUCAGUAGACAAGUAUCACAUUGAUACACAUCAGACAUCAGUAGAUAGGUAUCACAGAGAUACACAUCAGACAUCAGUAGACAAGUAUCACAGAGAUACACAUCAGACAUCAGUAGAUAAGUAUCACAGAGAUACACAUCAGACAUCAGUAGACAAGUGUACAACAUUCACGAAAACACUAACUCCGACCUGCUCACUAAACAUUUUUUUUGUCCUAACCAAGAUGCACACGUAA